CCCGCACACAGUUUUACGGCUGCGUUUUUCUUUUCCCCUCUCUCUCUCUCUCUCUCUAACUACCUUGUAGCUGUAAUUGCUCUUCCCGGUUUGGUGCUUCCCUGUUAAGAAAAAAACAAGUUUGGUGCUUUCCCGUCAUUUUUCUCGGGGAAGUUUAUCUUCCAAACCGUCGAACUUCCUAGGCAGAAGAGACAUAGUUACUUAUGUUUCGGAUACAACUUUCAUUCUUUUCUUAAUGAUAAUAGAGGGUGUUUGCCUCCCCAUCUGAGAUACCUGGGAUCAAGCUAUGGACCGAUGUUACCGUCUCUUUCCUUGUCUUUCCGAUCCUGCGCGGAGAUCUUCGCUGGGUCUGAAAUUGGCGAUGGUGAUGGUGCAUCUGGUGUACGCUGGCAUUCUUUUUCUGUUUGAUGAAGAUUUAAUAGAAAAGAUGAAAAGAGUGCCAUGGUACAUUGCUUUAUAUUUGUUGUUGUUCUUUGCUACACUGGUUCAAUACUUUAUUACCUCCUGUUCCUCUCCUGGCUAUGUCAUUGAUGUGAUGAGAACUAUUAAUGUGAAAGAUUCAGUAUUUCAAACGCCAUCAAUGGCCUCAAAACAACCUGCUUCAAGCAAAAACAGAAGCUUGGUUAUUACUGUGGAUGGAAGUCAGUUGGGAAGAAAUCUUCUAGGAAGUGACACUACAUCGUGGUCAAAGCUUGUUAUGGACUUGUAUCCCCCUGGAACAUCUGCAAGAACUUGGACUUGCUCCUAUUGUAAUGUUGAGCAGCCUCCUCGGGCUAAGCAUUGUCAUGACUGCGACAAAUGCGUUCUUCAGUUUGAUCAUCAUUGUGCUUGGCUUGGAACCUGCAUUGGCCAGGACAAUCAUUGUCGAUUUUGGUGGUACAUUUGUGGAGAGAUGGCACUGUGUAUCUGGACGGGCAUUUUGUACAUAUCAUACCUGAAGUCUAAUAUAUCAAGAGCUUGGUGGAAGGAUGCGAUCAUGAUACUGCUUUUGAUUGCUUUGUCAAUCGCCCUCAUCUUUCUGCUGCUUCUACUCCUAUUUCAUAGUUAUCUUAUUUUGACAAAUCAGACUACCUAUGAACUCGUGAGACGCAGACGCAUCCCAUAUCUAAGGAGUAUUCCUGAAAGAGUGUAUCCUUUUAGUAAAGGAAUUUGCAAAAAUUUGUAUGGCUUCUGCUGUGCUCGAAGCAGCAUAUACAGCAUGGAUCCGCUACCCACACCUCAGGAAAUUGAAGAAAAGUUGAGGCCAUACACUUGUCUUGAGGUUGUGACCUGCCGAUGCUGCUGACCUUGCUUAAACGUACAAUGAACCUGACAUUCGUUUCCUGCAAUUUCAUUGCGACCUUUUUGAAGAAUUCUGCCUCCGUAUUCAUUGUGAGCUUCAUGAAGGUUAUCCUCAAGCUCUUUGUUGGAUCUUAUGCUUCAUUUUUUUUUCGAGUUUGUAGGUUUUGUUAGUGAUAUGGUCCUUGCGAAUGAAAGAUUGCGAUACCGGUAAAAUUAUGAAACAGCCAACAAGAGUAAGAUAUGGUUAAACAAUGAGAACCACCUGUAUUUGUGAAGCCUACAUUUGUGGAGAUAAAAUUUCUUAAAGUUUGUGUUUAUAUUGUCCUCUAUUUGAAGGUUCAUUCCAUGCCGAAA